AUGUAUCGCGCGUCGAUCCCUCCCAUCACCACGGCCAGCGUUGCUGCUGUACGCUCCUUUGCGAGCAGCAAAGGCCCGCCAGAGACGGCCGACAGCUUCUUGCACGGCAACGCAGCCAACUAUAUUGAAGAAAUGUACGAAGCAUGGCUCCAUGAUCCAUCGUCUGUCCAUAUAUCGUGGCAAGUGUAUUUCAAGAACAUGAAGAACGGCGUGCAGCCUGGUCAAGCGUAUAUGGCGCCGCCCACCCUUGUGCCAUCCGGUAGUGCGCGUUUGCCUAGUUUACCUUCAGAUGUCGUUGCGGGCGCAAGCGAUUUAGAGGUGCUCGACCAUAUGAAAAUCCAGUUGAUGGUACGCGCGUACCAGGUGCGCGGUCAUCACAUUGCCAACCUCGAUCCACUGGGUAUUUUGAACGCAGACUUGCAAGAUUCAUCACCUCCCGAGCUAUCGCCCAAAUUCUACGGAUUCACUGAGAAAGACCUCGACCGCACCUUCACGUUGGGUCCUGGCAUCCUCCCCGCGUAUGGCACUGACUCAAAAAAGAUGACGUUGCGCGGCUCUAUCGGUGUCGAGUAUAUCCACAUCCCCGAUCGCUCUCAAUGUGAUUGGAUACGCCAACGAAUUGAAACGCCCACACCGUAUAAAUUCACGGUCGACCAGAAACGCGUUAUCUUCGACCGCUUGACGUGGUCUGACAGUUUCGAGCGCUUUAUUGCAUCCAAGUACCCGUCUGAAAAGCGCUUUGGCUUAGAAGGUGGCGAAACCUUGAUUCCAGGCAUGAAAGCAAUGAUUGACAGGUCAGUUGACCUCGGUGUUGAAUCUAUCGUCAUUGGCAUGCCACACCGUGGUCGAUUGAACGUUCUCAGUAACGUGGUCCGGAAACCAAACGAAUCCAUCUUCUGCGAAUUCAGCGGCGCUUUGGAACCAUCGGAAGAAGGGUCUGGUGACGUAAAGUACCAUUUAGGCAUGAACUAUGUCCGACCUACUCCCUCGGGUAAACGUGUCCAUUUGUCCCUUGUGGCCAACCCAUCUCACUUGGAAGCUGCCGAUCCAGUCGUGCUAGGAAAGACCCGUGCGCUCCAAUUCUAUAGCAAAGACGCUGAGCGAGAGCACUCGAUGGCCAUUUUGAUGCACGGCGAUGCUGCCUUUGCAGGUCAGGGCAUUGUAUACGAGACCAUGGGCUUCCACGACCUGCCAGCAUACACGACAGGUGGUACAAUCCAUAUUGUUGUCAACAAUCAAGUUGGUUUCACGACCGAUCCACGCUUUGGCCGGUCGACUCCGUACUGCACCGACAUUGCCAAGAGUAUCAGUGCACCAGUAUUCCACGUCAAUGCCGACGAUGCUGAGGCUGUCACAUUUGUCAUGCAGCUCGCGUCGGACUGGCGACAGACGUUUCACAAGGACGUCGUCAUUGAUCUGGUGUGCUACCGCCGCCAUGGCCACAACGAAACGGACCAGCCCAGCUUCACCCAGCCAAGAAUGUACCAGGCGAUCGAAAAGCAAACCCCUGUAGCUGAAAAAUAUGCUUCGCAGCUCAAGAGCGAGGGAUCCAUGUCCGACUCGGAUGUUGACGAGACCAAGAUGCGUGUAUGGAAGAUCUUGGAGGAGAGCUAUGCCAAGAGCAAGGAUUAUACGCCCACAUCGCGCGAAUGGCUUUCGAGCUCAUGGCCAGGAUUCAAGUCGCCCAAGGAGUUGGCCGAAGAAGUUUUACCGCAUUUUCCUACGGGUGUCUCCAUGGAGACCCUGCAGCAGGUUGGCAAGGCAUUAACCACGUUUCCUGAGAACUUCUCCAUCCAUCGCAAUCUGAAGCGUAUUCUGCAAAAUCGCGAAAAGGCGCUCAACGCCGGCAAGGAUAUCGAUUGGGCAACAGGCGAGGCAUUGGCAUGGGGUUCCUUGCUGUUAGAAAACAAGCAUGUGCGAUGCUCCGGCCAAGAUGUUGAGCGUGGUACCUUUUCGCAACGCCAUGCUGUCCUGCACGACCAAAAGAACGAGCGACCUUAUACCUUGCUGAAUCACAUUUCACCUGAACAAGGCAACUUGACGAUUUGCAAUUCAUCCUUAUCCGAAUACGGUGUGCUUGGUUUUGAGCUCGGGUAUUCCAUGGUCGAUCCCAAUGCAUUAGUGAUCUGGGAAGCUCAGUUUGGUGACUUUGCAAACAAUGCCCAGUGUAUCAUUGAUCAGUUCAUAGCGGCUGGCGAGCAAAAGUGGCUGCAGCGUACUGGCUUGGUGCUGCAGCUGCCUCAUGGUUAUGAUGGCCAAGGACCCGAGCACUCGUCAUCCAGAAUCGAGAGGUAUCUUCAGAUGUGCGACGAUAACCCAAGCACAUACCCAUCACCCGAAAAGUUGCAGCGCCAACAUCAGGAUUGCAAUAUGCAGGUCGUCUACGCGACAACCCCAGCACAGUAUUUCCAUGUCAUGCGCCGUCAGAUCCAUCGUGAAUUUAGAAAGCCGCUCAUUUUGCCAUUCUCCAAAUCCUUACUGCGGCAUCCGCUCGCACGGUCUGCGCUCGAGGAUAUGACAGGCGAUAAACACUUCCAGUUGUAUCUUCCUGACGUACAUCCCGAGCAUCUUCAGUCCCCAGACAAGAUCAAGAAGCAUAUCCUGUGCACGGGCCAGGUGUACUACGCCCUCUUGCGCGCACGCGAGCAAAACAAGAUUACUGAUGUUGCCAUAUCACGUGUGGAACAACCCAAUCCAUUCCCCUAUGAGCAGGUUAAGGAUCAUGUAGACAAGUAUCCCAACGCCGAGGUCGUAUGGUGUCAGGAAGAGCCUAUGAACAUGGGCAUGUGGCAGCAUGUCAGUCCAAGAAUCAACACUGUGUUAUCGCAGACGGAAAACUUUAAGAGUAAACCCGUCCAAUACACAGGUCGUGAACCAUCUGCCUCGGUUGCCACCGGUAAUAAAAAGCGGCAUUUUCAGGAAGAAUACGACUUCUUAAGCUGGGCCCUUUUGGGCGAGCCUACCCAACCCAAGGAAGUACAAUCCGGUGUACCAGUGUGGUAGAAAUUUGUAAAUCGAAUACGGAAGUUGUUGCACAGAUUUUUCCAUACUCUUUUUAAACUGUUAUGUUAAAAACCAUCAAGUUAUUUAUCCUUUUUCUUUGGCGAAACAACAAGUAUAGCUUCUACUCGAAUGUACUUCACAGCAGGUUUAUGUUUCUGUCG